AUGGCCUCUACUCAUCGCAUUGCCGUAAUUCAAUGGCAGAUAAAGGUGGGUACAUCGAAUUGGGCUAUGCCCGAGCGUCGGACCGUUCUUGACAUUGACUACAAUCAUAGGAUAGCAUGCGACUACAUUGGUGAGGCCGCUGCCCAAGGUGCUGAGCUAGCCGUUCUUCCAGAAUAUCAUCUCAGCGGCAUGGUCCCCACGGACCCCCGUUGGGCAGUCCAAGCUGGCGAAUCCGCCCAGUACCUAGCAAAGUACCAAAGCCUGGCCAAAGAACUGCAAAUCUGCAUCGUACCGGGUACAAUCAUCGAGAAGCACACAGGGUCCGAUCAAUCGACACUGUUCUACAACACAGCCUACUUUAUCUCAAACGAUGGCACUGUGCUCGGCUCCUACCGCAAAAAGAACAUCUGGCACCCGGAACGACCCCACCUCACCUCCUCAGGCCCAGAGCCCCAUGUGGCAAUCGACACUCCAAUCGGCCGCGUGGGGAUGCUGAUCUGCUGGGAUCUGGCAUUCCCCGAGGCAUUCCGGGAACUGAUCGUCGACGGGGCGCAGAUUGUGAUUGCGCCUACAUACUGGACCCCCCACGACGCCUCGCCCGAAGCGCGCGCAUAUAACCCAGAUUCAGAAGGCCUGUUCCUCGAGUCGACCAUUACAUCCCGCUGCUUUGAGAAUACGUGUGCAAUUGUCUUCGUCAACGCUGCCGGACCAUCGGAGGAUUUCUUGGGCUUGUCGCAGAUUACACUUCCUCUUGUGGGUCAGAUUGCUAAGAUGGGGACUGAGGAUGGAUUCAUCGUUGCCGAUUUGGACAUGGGGGUCAUUGAGGCUGCGGAAAGGAAUUACAAGGUGCGACAGGACCUGAAGAAGGAGAAUUGGCACUAUGUUUAUCGGCAUACCGGGAGAAAGUAG